UUAUUUUCAGGUGUGAUUCAUUCUCACGACUUUAUGAGAUGGUUCCUCCAUGUAUAUGAAACAUUGUAUGGCAAGUGCAAUUAUUGUAUAUAUGCACAAGGUGCUCAAAAUGCCAUGGUCGUGUAGGAUUACCAAAAAUGAAGUGUUGCAGAGAGUAAACGAAAAAUAAAGUUGCAGCAUGAGGUAAAAUCAGAAAAACUUUAUGAC